UCCCUCCAUCAAUUUCCCAUUCGGCCUUCCUCCUUCACGCCUCCAGCACCGGCACCAACUCAGGAGCCACUAGCGGCAGCAACCCACCGGCACCAUCGCCCUUCACGAUGUUGAAUAUAUAUGAAAUAGUGGAAGAUCUUUUUGACCUAAUUGAAACCUGCUUCAAGUAAGGUUUAUCUACACUUUGUAAGUGCCGCAUCUGCUGAUCUGCAGUGCUACUCUGCUAUCGGCUUUUGAAUUUUUAUACCAGCAGCCUCAAGGGCCUGGGACCUUAUUCAACAAGCAUAAAGAAAGCUGAAAAGGAAAUCAAGGAAAUGGCUAAAAAGAUUAAUGAUUUAUGUGGUAUAACGGAAUCUGACCCUGGCUUAGCUGCACCAAGCCAAUGGGAUUUGGUUUCUGAUAAGCAAAUGAUGCAAGAAGAGCAACCCCUUCAGGUGGUGAGAUGUACAAAAAUAAUCAGUCCUAAUACUGAAGAUGCAAAAUAUGUGAUAAAUGUCAAGCAAAUAGCAAAGUUUAUUGUUGGAUUUGGUGACAAAGUUUCACCAACUGAUAUUGAAGAGGGCAUGCGAGUUGGCGUUGAUCAGAAUAAAUAUCAAAUCCAGAUUCCUCUGCCUCCCCAAAUUGAUCCAAGUGUCACCAUGAUGACAGUUGGAAAAGCCUGAUGUGAACAUAUACUUUCUCAGGUCUAUUUGUAGAGCUU